AUGUCGAAGCUGCCUGCCUCUUGUAAAGCCUGGGAAUUCCGCGCUCGCGGAUCGCCUGACCAGGUCCUCAAGCUGGUUGACCACCACAUCCCAGCGCUGGGCACGGACGAGCUCAUCGUCAAGGUGGAAGCCGCAGGCCUGAACCCUGUCGACUGGAAGCUGAUGAAGAUGGUUCCCAAAUUCUUCUCCAAGAGCGAGGUGGUAGGCUGUGACUACAGCGGGACGGUCGUCGCAUCUUCAUCGAGUCGAUUCCAGCCUGGCGAUCAAGUCUAUGGGUACAUCGACCCCAGCCUGAGCUCUUCCAAGGGCUGGGGCACCUUGACACAGUACGCAAUUGCACCGGCCAGCAUGUGCGCCACCCGCCCGCAGCAUCUCGACGCCGAGAAGGCAGCUGGCAUUGGGCUCGUCGGCCUGAUGGCUUUCUCGAUGGCCCGCCAGGUCAAGGACGGAGCAGGCCAGAGAGUCUUCGUCAACGGAGGAAGCACCGCCGUCGGACUGAGCCUGAUUCCCAUGCUCAAGAAGAAAGGAGCCUAUGUCAUUUCGACCGCGAGCGGGGAGAAGGUGGACGUCGUCAAGCAGAUCGGCGCAGACGUCGUCCUGGACUAUCGCAAGAAGGACGUCAUCACUACGCUCAGGACAGAGUACAGCGGCGAUAAGUCCUUCGACGAGAUUCUCGACUGCGUGGGCUCCUUUACCAUUUACAAGCACUGCGCAGCCUACCUCAAAAAAGGAGGAACAUACGGCAACAUCGGUGCCGACUUCAGCGGAGGAGUGCUUGCUUACCUCAUCCAAACACUCACCAUUGUCCUCCGACCAAAAGUUCUUGGUGGCGUACCUCGUCCCUUCAAGAGCCUCUGGAUCACAUGCGAUCAAAAGAACAUGGAGUCUCUGGACGCUUAUAUUCAGAGUGGAGUCGUUCAGCCGAUCGUGGACAGCACGUUUCCUUUCCGAGAGACCCUCGCCGCCUUCCGCAGACAGAUGACGAAUCUGAAAGCUCUCAAUGGGUCCUGCCUUAUUCUGAUCAUAAACAUCCUCAGUCUCGAAUCCUUACGAUUGAGUUUUCCUUCACGUCAAGCGGUUGCUCACGUCUUCUAUGCGGAUUUUUUCACGACAGAGGCCGACGGCACCGUGGUAAAGAACGAAGUGGUCAACGAGUGGACAGACAAGACGUAUGCCAAUAUUUUCAAGGACGUCUUUCUCAAAAUUCGCCAGCUGCCCAACUAUCGUGACUUUCUAGACCACCUGACCCCCGACAUGGUCGCAAAGGCAGGGGGCGAGCCGCACGGACUGCUCAAGGACGAGAAGGAAUACGAUGAUUUCGUGCAGAGGGAGCGGCAGAGGCGCGCCCGGGUCCCCAUUUGGCAAGGUCUCGUCCACAUGGCCGUGGCACAGAAGCCUGCAACGCGAGUGCCCUCUUCAGCUGUUUCGUCGAGUGGAGCACGCUAA